GGUGCAGCCGGUACCAUCAGAGCCUGGCCUCGUCAGUUUAGUUACCGCACCACAUAAAGGCAUUGCGUUGUAGACACCGUUAUAACCCGCAACAUUCUUAAUCUUUGAUUCUACAUAUUCCUCAUUUUUUGGCCCUUUGAUUCGAUGUAUAACAUAUAAUUGUGUGUAUAUAUAUUUUAAGGAAAACACAAACGAAAGAAACAAAGAAAAAAAAGUAUUGUAUCGUUGUUCAACCACGUACGGAGGAGAGGGAGAUCGUGUUCGCGAUCGAAACGGAGAGAGAGAGAGCGAGAUCGAAAGAAAGAGAGAGAGAGAGAGAGAAACAGAGAAAAAGAGAAAGAGAGAUCGGUCAACUUCGAAAGGAAAGAAAUCGAAAGAUCGCUCAAGCACAUGUGUGUAUCUUUGUGAGUUUUACUUCCACGUGCCCACGGUGUUCAUCUCAAAUCCGUAGAUUUUAUGAUUCCAUUUAUUAUCUCCGAUCAUCACCCUGCACCUUUCUCUCCCAUUUCCUCGGCUUCCAUCUCGCUCCCCUUCUCUCUCCGUUUCUCCGGAAGUCGGCUCUCAGCUUCCGAUCAUUGACCUCCCUUCAUCGCAUCAUCGCCGAUCUCAAGGAGAAAGAAGGACAGAGAUAGAGAGAUAGAGAUAAAUAUAUCCGAUCUUUCUCUCUCGUACUCGUAAAGACUAUCCUUGCAUUCUUCGUCCGGAAGAUUCUUCUUCGAUCACGUGAAGAUAACAAGAGGAUAUAUCACGGAAGGAGGAGAAAUUGUGGAGAGGAGGAAAGGAGGGGGCGAGAAAAUUAUUGUGUCGGAAAUUUAAGAGAGAAAGAGGACCGAUCGGCGGGGACGAACGCGUUUAGUCGUUUUUCUUCUUUCUUUAUCUUUUUUUCUCUAUUCUCCUUCGUUGGCCCCUCGUGAAGAAAAGAAGAAGAAAAAAAAGUUAUUGUUAGAAAUAAUUAAAUUAAAAAAAAAAAAACAAGAGUAAGGGAGAAAGAGGGAUUUCUUAGAGGCACGUCUUUCAUAUAUACGUAUUUCGCGAGAAAUCAAGAGGCUAACGAGCGUUGAAAAGAUUCUCCGAUAUUCUUUCCUUUUAAAAUUCGUGUAAGAAAAAGAAAAAAAAAAAAAAGAAAAAUUCGAGUCACGCGAACACACCCCCAUUCAUCGUGAUAAUAUUCGUAUCAUCGUUGUCCUCGUCGUUGUCCUCGUCAAGUCGUCGUCAGGUCGUCGUCUUCGUCAUCGUCGUCGUCGUCGUCGUCGUCGUCGUCGUCAGGCCGUCGUCGUCGUCGUCGUCAUCGUGGUCGCCGGUAAAAGAAACGUCUAAAAACCCGGUCGUCGUUCCGUUCUGCGCCCAGAUAUCGGCAUCCUCCAACCACUGAUUUUCAUCGUUAACCGACAUCGAGGAGGAAGAUCAGCGUACGUCGAUCAGAGGGGAGAGAUUUAGCCCGUGAGGUGUCGCUCGCCGCGGUGCAACUUUGUAUCCCGGAGAAGUUAGGGCGUGGCACCCUGAAAGCGCGAGCACACACGAGAACGCGAUUCAGACCGACGCCAUCAUCUCUCUUUUCCAAUCCAAGAACGCCAUGCGAAGCAUCGAACCACGUAUAGAACCACGAUUUUUCCUCUUAUCCUUCGAGAAAAAAAAAAAGAAAUUAACUCGUACGAACGAGACUAACGUCGGUCAUUCUCAUAAAUCCAAAAUGAGAUAGAAAAAAGGAGGAGGAAGAGAAUUAAAAAAAGAAUAUGAAACGAAUGAUCAAAGUAAUACGAAACGAAAGAGAUAGAAAAGAAAGAGAGAGAAAGAGAAAGAGAGAGAGAGAGAGAGAGAGAGAGAAAGAGAGAAAGAGACAGAGAAUAAAAAAGAAAGUGGUAAACACAAUUUGGAGAGCGUCCAGAGCGUGCGCAAGGGUUCAUCCGGAUCCACGAUGGACCGUGUCCUCGAUCAACCGGCACCGUGGCUCCUUCUCGAGGACAAGCAGGAAGUCUCGAGAGGGACACUUCCGGCCGUGACGGCCCUGAUCAAAAUGGUGCGUGAGAGAUGAAAGUAUUUCGUACGUAGUUAGCGACGACCCCUCAGAGGAUUGCAAUGAUGGCGAACGGAAUGGACACUGUCGUACAACAAAAUGGAGGAUCCACCCUCGGACAGACAUCGCAGGAGGAGUCGAAGACGAAUCUCAUCGUAAAUUAUUUGCCUCAAAGUAUGACGCAGGAUGAAAUCCGUUCUCUCUUCUCCAGUAUAGGCGAAGUCGAAAGCUGCAAACUUAUCCGCGAUAAACUUACCGGUCAGAGUUUGGGAUAUGGCUUUGUCAACUAUCACCGGCCUGAAGAUGCUGAGAAGGCCAUAAACACGCUCAAUGGUCUUCGUCUGCAGAAUAAAACUAUCAAGGUAUCGUACGCGAGACCGAGCAGCGAAGCCAUCAAAGGUGCGAACCUUUAUGUGAGCGGCCUGCCGAAGAACAUGACGCAGCAGGAUCUGGAGAACCUUUUCAAUCCUUACGGAAGGAUCAUUACUUCUCGGAUACUCUGCGACAACAUCACCGUACGACAGUUUGUGCUCGGCGGCGGAGACAAUUUGCCCGGCUUGUCGAAAGGGGUCGGUUUUAUAAGGUUCGACCAACGUGUCGAGGCCGAAAGGGCGAUUCAAGAACUGAACGGAAGCGUUCCAAAGGGCUCGAGUGAGCCGAUCACCGUCAAGUUUGCCAACAAUCCAAGCAACAACAAGGCGAUACCGCCGUUGGCCUAUCUGGCACCCCAGGCGACACGUCGCUUUGGCGGCCCGAUCCACCAUCCAACUGGCCGCUUCAGGUACAUUCCACUGUCGCCACUAUCCAGCACUGGCAAGGCCAUGCUUGCCAUUAACAAAGGCUUACAGAGAUCCCUUCAGACGGUUUUAAUACCAUCAAGGAAAAAUACAAGUAGGUACAGUCCGUUGGCGGGUGACCUCCUUGCGAACUCGAUGCUGCCAGGUAACGCGAUGAACGGUUCCGGUUGGUGCAUCUUUGUUUACAACCUAGCACCCGAGACUGAGGAGAACGUCCUGUGGCAACUCUUCGGUCCUUUCGGCGCCGUCCAGUCGGUGAAGGUCAUCCGGGAUCUUCAGACAAACAAGUGCAAGGGUUUUGGUUUCGUAACGAUGACCAAUUACGAGGAGGCGGUGGUGGCGAUUCAAAGCCUGAACGGUUACACCCUUGGCAAUCGCGUGCUCCAGGUCAGCUUUAAGACGAACAAGAGCAAAGCCGCGUAGGG